CCUCUGCAGGUUAUCUCGAAGCAGCGAUCUUUGCGAUUGAUUGUGCUUCCCACGUGCAGCGGAUGACACGGCUGAGAAAGGUCCCUGUGUGCCUCACCCAGCUCCGAAUGGAAACACUGUGAAGGCACAGCCAGUGCUGCUGUGGAAUGAUGCUGCUGCCACAGACGAGAGUCUGGAGGGGGCCAUGAACCGUGACAGGGCUAGGUGUGCCUGGAGGUGCCCCUCGGGUACGGGAGGUGUGAGGCUGCCCCAGGAGGAAAGGGGUACCACUGCCAGAGUUUUGCUUGGGAUGCAAAGGCAUAUCCCAACUGAUGCCAGAUCCUGCCCUGACCUGCUCUGAGGAUGGAUGGGUUGCUGAGACCCUGAGCAGCAGCAGCUCUUAAUUUCCACAGACUUUGCUAGCACCUCUUGCUAGAGAUGGACUGUCAGAGUCCUUAGUACCACUGGGCUGGGUGUCAGCUCUGCCUGCCAGCAGGAGCACUCACUGCCAUGCUGGAGGUGACCUUGGUCCCUUGCCAUACCCGUGUGGCACCUUCCCAUCACAGUUACCAUUGCUCUGCCCAGGCCCUGCAUGUUUCUGCUUGUUAAAGGAACAGUUUUGUGUCUGUUCCAUCCCUGCCCUUACUCACUGCUUACCGCUGCUUACUCACAACCACAGGACGCUGCCUGUCCCCACAGGGUCAGAUGUUGCUGCUCAUGCAAAUCGUUUGCAGAGACCUUCAUAAUUUCUGAGAAGUAUCUGAAAGACCUCAAGACUCUCUGUUUAUUUGCAAACACUAUUAACCGUUUCCUCCUCUCACCCCAGCCACUCGGCUCCUGCCUGGGUCAGACCCACAGAUGUGAAUUCAGUUAAACCGUUGGGGGAAAGAUCUUUGGGACGUGUGGGCUUCUCUUCCUCAGCAUCCUUUUGUGGCAGUUUGUGUUUCCUCUUUCACCUGGGAUGCCAUGCUUUCCCUGGACUUCAAGGUCAUGCAGCUCGGGGCUUCAGUCAGCUCCAUCAGAGAUGUUUGAUCACAGCUUUCUUUUUCUUCUUCCAAUUUUUCAGUGCUCCUUAAAUACCCCAGAUGCUUUUAAACCACUUUGGGGCUGACUCUCCACCCUUUGAGACUUCAUUUUCAUCUGUUGGUGGCCAAAUAGAAAAGGACUGUCCUAUGCAAUUUGCUGUGCUCCAACUCACAGAAAGAAUUUAUAUGUUUUUAAGCACCAGAGGACCUUUUAAUGAUCAUGUCAGCAAACUCCAAGAUGUACCAUCUACCCCACUGAGCUGGAGCAGACUUACCAGCAUGAGCAAGAAGCUGAAUCAUGGUUGGAGCUAGGCUGUUUUCCUUCAUGCUGAGAACCUGGUGGAGGAGCCAGGCGCUCGCUGUGUACGACAGAGAACAGGCUGCCGCUGCGGGGAAGGAAGCACGGAGAGAGCCGGGAGCGGCUCAGCGCACACGGCACAGCACCUCCCGCCUGCCUGGGCAGGGGACACAGCGGCUCAGCAUGGCUCCAGGGGCCUCAAAGAAGCCGUGGGACAGUGUGGAGGUGGCUCUGGUUGACCUCUGUGCCAUCCUGCUCUGCUGUGGGCCAAUGCUGACCUGCUGCCGCCAGGUGACCAUCUCCCCAGCAGAGUUUAUUUGCUCUGAAGGUGACAAAGUCACUUUCUUUUGCAAUAUCUCCAUGGAGAGUGACUCUGGUUUGGAGUACAGCCUCAAUUGGUACAAGGAGACCAACCACAGCCAAGCCCAAAAAAUGGCUGAGAUCAGCCGAUACAAGCCCAUGACAGACACAGAGAAGUACCGGCUCACCAACCACACUUCUGCCUUUGAGAUUGAGAUCCUGAACCUCCACCAGAAUGACUCAGGCUCCUACUACUGUGGAUUGAUCACCUUCUAUGAGCCCGAUAAAGUGGUGGAGAGCAAGAGGGCCCAGUUGAUAGUCACAGUAGCCCCUCAGGUGAAUGCUACUGAUGAGCCGGAGAUGGAGGAAGGCAACCCCUCAGAGCACAUCAAGGCCAUGCUCCUGGGCAUCCUCCUGCUGGCUGGAGUGGUUGUGCUGCUGAUCUUUGGCUACCUCACCUUCACAUACAGGAGAGGAGAUGUGCAGAAACCACUGAGUGAAGACCUGCCAGUGAAGGAAGAGAAGCCCCCCGUGGUGUUCAUAUCCACUGUGGAUUAUGGCGUGCUGGAGUUUCAGCGGGACCAGUGCAGCCCGGUGCCCCCCAGGACUCAGCCAGUUGAGCAGACUGAAUACGCCACCAUCAUCUUCCCUGAGGAGAAACCUGUCACACCGGAGCGUGGCAAGAAACACCUGGAGGAGAGGACACGACAGCUGCCAUCACAGCCCUGCUGAGAGUCAGGGUCCCUCCUCCCCAGGGUGUGGGCAUGGGCAGGCUACCCCAGCCCCUCACUCUGGGAAAAUCCAGCGUAUCAGGACUAAAGCAACAGAGAUGCUGCUGCUGGAGUCGAUAUUGAACAGUCCUGGCCACAGUGUUAUUGUGGCCAUAGGGUGGGUACCACAGGAUGAGGAAGCUCCCUGCUGUGCUCGAUGUGCUGCCUCUUCACUCUGGGCAGGGAGAAUGGGCUGAGGCAGAGCAGUGAUGCCAGCAGGUCUGUCCCAAAGGUGACUUACAGUACGCCUUGGUAUUCUACCUCCACCCAAUGCUCUCUGGAGGGGCCAUGCUGCUUCCCUGCCCUAGGUCUGAGCCAAGUAUCAAAGCAUGACUGUUGAAGAAAGUGCUGGAGGUCAGAACUGGAGUGAAUCCUGUGAGAUGCUGCUCAUGAGAGCCCAAGGCUUCUUGCAAGCUUCUUGCUCGGAGCAGAGGCUGCCCUAUGUACUGCUAUUCAGAAACCCCUGGGAAGCAGGCAGCUGGUCUUCUGCCUGUCUCCAGGUGUUUUCCUCCUCUGCAUGAGGGGCAAUCUACCCCUGCGUCCCUCCCUCCCCAGGUGGGAGUCAGAUAUGGCCAUGGGGGCGAAUAAAGAGUUUUGCAUCCAGUA